AUGUCAAAUAUCGAUAUAGGAAGUGACGGCCUCAUGGUAGAUUACGAUUCGAGAGCUUAUCUUCCACAAUCAUGGCCCGUCCCCCUCGACCAGAACCCCUCGCGCCCGGAGGAUGCCCAUGAUCUGUCGCCGCUGCAAACAAGCGGUCACCCUCUGGAACAGUCGGUGGCCCAAGAUCCCAACCUGAUGGUCGACUGGCACUACCAUCAACAACUACAGCAAACCCCUCACCAUCACUCACAAUUAUCUUACUCGCCCGAGGAUCCUUCCACGGCGCCGCAAUUCACAGCCGCCAGCUAUGCCAUGGCCAUCCAGUCGUCGCCGGUGGAUCUCAUGUCCGCCGGGCCUCCAGGGCAAGUGAGUAGUGCCUUGCUCGACCCGUCUUCCUAUCAUCUGCCCAUGUCCGCCCCCGUCGACAUGGUGCCCUUCACCUAUCACGACUUUCAGGCCGAUCUGAUGACGUUCAAUGGAUUAUCCGACGUGGCCCCCUACGGAGCCCCGCACCCGCUGCUGGAGAGCAGUUCCCCCACGGACACUUAUCUCGAGGUGCGCUCGCUCUCGAGUAGUGAUAAUGGUUGGAGUACCGUGGACCACCGUCGAUCUUUGGACUUUGGAUUUCCCGAGCAAAACUUCUUUGUCAACCCUACGCAGACCCUACACGACCGCAGUCUCUCCGAAUCCUCCUACUCGGGCUCGUACGGCAGCUUCAUCGACAUCGCCAACCCCAUCAGCUCACCCGGCUCGGACGGUCACAUCGACUACCCCUACCACCAGAGCGCCGGCCUCAGCCUAGCCACGUCUCCGAUCAGCACCUCCAUGGUUCGCCGAGUCACCGAGGAUUACUCCUCUCCCAUGGCGGGCUCCGGCACGGGGUCCCGGUCUCCGUCGGCCGUCAGCCCAACCGCCAUGGUUCGCCCGACCCCGGUUCCCGUCCCCAUCAAGAAGUCGACCUCGCCGACUCGCUCGUCCGGUUCACAGGCAUCUGCAUCACCGCCCAGCCGGAAACCGUCGCGGAAGAGCCCCAUCGCCGCCAAGACGGCCGAGACCAAGGUGCGCAAGCAGUCACAAAACGGCAAGCCGGAGACCGAGAAGCGUAUCGGCAAGCGCAAGGGACCCCUCAAGCCCGACCAGCGGAAACAGGCCAGUGAGAUUCGCAAGCUCCGGGCCUGUCUGCGCUGCAAGUUCCUCAAGAAGACCUGCGACAAAGGUGAACCCUGCGCAGGUUGUCAACCGUCCCAUGCCCGGUUGUGGCAAGUGCCUUGCACCCGCAUCGACAUCAAGGAGAUUGGCUACUUUAUGAAGGAUUGGAAAGCGGACUAUGAACGACACGUCACCAUGGCCUUCUCGGUCGGCAAUAUCAAGGGAUUCUCGGAUCAAGAACGGACUUUGUACAUUACUCACGGAUAUGGGCAGAUCUUGCCGAUCGCCGCGCGGGAGGUCUUUGUGCGGGAUGAGCAGUGUUUCAGGAUGGAUUGGGUCGAGUCCAUGAAUCGCGAACCGACAGCGUAUGAGGUCGAGACGGCCAAGCUCUCUGCCGGCAUGGAAGGAAUUUCCCAUGCGAUGCUGUCCGACUAUCUGGACCGCCAUAUUGACGGGAACGGGACGUUUGAGAAGUUUGUCGAUGACUACUUCGAGGGCACCCCGUUCUUGACUCAGAUGCUCAAGACCGCUUUCCGCUACUACUACCGCACCAAGCUUCCCGUCAUCCGCAAGGCCCUCAAGCUGAUCAUUGCCUACAAUCUGACCCUUCACGUCACCAUGGUAGAGGGUCUGGGCGACGAGGCCGAUUUCACCGGUCGCAUCAAUCAGCCGGGUUCGAAAUUCCGCGGUAAGACGAUGGCUCCCGUCAUGAUCAACUUCCAGAUCAAAUGUGCCAUGGCGAGCAUGUGGCGUGAACUGCAAAAGGAUGUCCUGGAGGAGUUGUCGGCCCUGUACUCGAGUGUCUAUAGUGGAGAGAAGCUGAAGAACUGGCCAACCAUUUUCAUGUUGGCCUCGAUCCUCUUGGCGGUCUGGGAAGAGAUGCAGUUCGAUUCCCACUACCGCACACCCGACCCAGCUGCCGUGGACAAAUUCUGCACGGACAUGGAAACCACCCCCGUUGGGGUGAUUGUCGGUCUGUUCCAGGCAAUCUCCCAAAAGUUGCCCCCCUUUACCGAAUGGGACUCGCAAAAGCACCAUCACCUUCUCUUUUCCAAUCCCGAUGUCUGCAGCACCAUGACUGAGGUGCGCCAACACGUCGAGCAGCAUGGUAAGCACUCCUCUCGAUCCUCAUUUCCCUUUCCCCCUUCCCCCUCUUCUUUGAUUGGAAUCCCAAGACUCACGCGUGAUUUUAUCUUCCCUACAGAAAGCUACCUUCGCAGCCGCACAGGCACCAAAUUUAACCAUCACGACUUUGACUCCUUGUCGAAUAAGUUCGUCUCGCGCCUCGUGAUUCGUGCCAACUAG